CAAAGCGCGCAUACAUUCUACAUUUAUUUACCCUUGCCUGGCCAACGACCGUUUUUUUCGUGAAUCGAUUUCAAGGAAAGUAAUUUGUUCUUCAAAUAAUAUGGACACAAAGUCCCCUGCAUCACAGCAAAACAAGAAAUCGCGUCUUGACAGCAGAGAAGGAGAACUCAGUUCGAGAGAGUCUCGUGAAAUGAACAAGUCAGGGAACUUUCGAAAGACACAGAAGCGUGACAAUCAUAGGAGAAGGAGAGAAAUACCAGAGAGUCAGUGCAUAUCACUGUUUCCUUCUGUCAAGAGCGACUGUGAUGAAAACAUCCCCGAUGUGGAUACUCCUCAAAACGAAAGAAAUAAAUGGGCUAAAACUACAAGCAGCAAAAAGACGCCUCCCAACAGAUCGCAUCUUGAAAGUCAGGACCUCUCCAAAGAAUUCCCUCCUCUUGGUUCAAGUUAUACUCCUGAGGUGUUAAAGGACUGGGGAAGUAUAGUUGAUGAAGAGGAAGAAGGAAGAAGAAACCCAGAGCAUAAAAGGACAAAUUUAAGAUUCAAAAGAAAACUACUGCUCUCAGAGUCUAAAGAUGAAAACUUAAAACAGUUAAGCCAGAAACAUGUCUUGACUGAUCCACAUAAACUGCAACAAAGACAAAAACAAAUUGACAUUGGGAAGAACACCUUGUCUUAUGGGCAUUACACAUCUGCAGUGCCAAGAGAACAACGCACUAAAGAAGAUCCCAAUACACCAGACAAGUUUCAAGUAUGCAGCACCCGAUCUUGGGUUGGCCAGGUAAAGCUUUGGCGUCGAAAACUUCAUGUCUGGGACCCGCCAUCUGAAGGAUUAGAAGAUUUGUUCUCUUUAACUUCACAGAGUGUUCAGUCGUUCCCUUGUGAGGGCAAGAUGGAAGUGGAUGGUUACAAUGGUGACGCUGAUGAUGACAGGAUGUCAACAUCCACCCCAAGCAGUGUUGAUGAUGUGUUUGGUGAAUUUGAUCUUGAUGCCUGUUUGAUGAACGAUGGCUUCCCACUAUAAUUUUCAAAAUGUACCUAUUCCGUUGUUGAUUUUAAAAAGCUUUUACACUUGAGAUUAUUAAUAUUUAGUGUUAGAAGAAUUUUAAGAUUUGUGCAGAUUUAAAUAGGCAUGGGUCAAACUUUUAUUAAAUUCUGACAACAGUUCAUUUAAAUUUCUCAAAUGAGCUUUUAAAUUAGUUUUAAAAAAAUAUAUUGCAAUGUUUAAACUGUGGCUCACAACUUGACCUUUUUUAGAUAAGUUGAGUAUCAGAUUUUAUUUAUUAACUGCUGUCAACCAUUCACCUUUUACUAUAAAUUUCCACUCAUAUUUUAUUCUGAGUGUUUGUACAAAACUUACCUACCAUGAAGAAAAAGAUGAUGUGCAGAGUAAGCAACAUGAUGUUACUUACUUCAUUUGGUGCAGCACAGUCAGAUAAGUUACUGGUAACCAUUUUCAGAAUUUUGAUUUUACUUCUGUUGUAAAAAUUAAAGACCACUCUUACUUCCUGCUGAAAAGGCAGCACUAGGUAACUUCAAGGGAAUGUAUGUACUGGAAAUAUUGAUGGUAUCCUUUAAAUAAAGAGAUGGACUUGUGACUACAACUA